AUGUCUUCUGCUGCCGCAUACGUAGUGACCGCGAUCGCACACGGCGCCCAGUUCCCGGAAGGCUACCUCGCCUCGCUGCACGAGCACCUGGGCCAGGUGGGCGUGGCGGUGCGCGGGACCGAGCAGUUGGCGCCGCGGGCACAGGACCUGUUCGUGGACGUGCCCACGACGCUGACCCUCGAGCAGCUGCGCACGCACGUGGCGGCGCAGCCGGCGGCCGGCGUCGAUGUUGCCGUGCAGCCCACGGCGCACCGGCGCAAGGGCCUCGUGGUGUUCGACAUGGACUCGACCCUGAUCCAGCAGGAGGUAAUUGACCUGAUCGCGGGCUACGCAGGCGUCGAGGACCGCGUCGCGGCCAUCACGGAGCGCGCGAUGAACAACGAGCUGGACUUCACGCAGUCCCUGCGCGAGCGUGUGUCGCUGCUGCGCGGCAUCCCCGUAGCGCGCCUGUACGAGGAAAUCAAGGCUAAGCUGCAGCUCACGCCGGGCGUCGCCGAGCUCACGAGCACGCUGCACGCCGCGGGCUGCCGCACCGCCGUGCUCAGCGGCGGCUUCGCGCCGUUUGCGAACCACAUCCGCGACACCCUGCAGCUCGACUUCGCCAAGGCUAACAACCUGGAGACCACCGUCGACGCCGCCGGCGCCGAGAUCCUCAGCGGCCGCACCCUCGGCGACGUCGUCGACGGCGCCUGCAAGGCGCGCACGCUGCGCGAGCUCGCGGCCGGCGCCGGCCUGCCCGUCGCUGCCACCGCCAUGGUCGGCGACGGCGCCAACGACCUGCCCGCCAUGCAUGCGGCCGGUCUCGGCAUCGCCUGGCACGCCAAGCCCCGCGUUCAGCAGCAGGCGCCGUGCCGCCUCAACUCACCGUCGCUCCGCGACGCGCUGUACAUCCUCGGCUUCUCGGACCGCGAGAUCGCCGCUCUCCACGCCCGUGUGGACCCGCGUUCAUAA